UUUUUUUUUAAAUGAGGAGUAACUUGUUCAGUCUUGUUUAAAAGUCACUCUGUGGAUGUUAAUGAAAAGCAUACCUGAAACCAACUGUCUGAAUAAAACACGUGCCUGCUGGGUGCCAGGUGAAAAAAGUAAACCGAAAAAACUAUUGGAUGUCAUUUGCUUGGGAACACUGCAUUGUAAAGCAUCAAGAAAUCAUCUUUCCCUGGAAAACAAUCUGAAGUGACUUCCAGAGUGGUUACCUUGGAAGAAGGUUACUCUUUGGCAUGAAUGCUAAAGGUGCUUGCUGCAGAGAAGAGCUGACUGUCUCCAGUAGCUCAAUAUCUGUACGCAGACGAAGACAGCCACGUUUCAAGUGUUAUUUCCAGGAAAAUGCUACUCAACUCAUGUUCCAGAAAUCCGGAAAAGGCAGUGCCUGAAUGGUUCAACCUUCCUCACUACCACACCUUAAAAGGUUGAAAUUGCAAGAGAGGCAAAAGUGAUGCAAUCAGCAUUAUAGAAUUCUUCACGCUACAAGAUAAGGAUGUGACUCUGGAAUCCACGUCUCAUCUUGGAGACAGAGUAUUGCGACCACGGGACCAUGAGCCAGCCAAAUCUCUUGUGUUUUCUGGACACUUCCAGUGAUUAUCACCUCAAGAUUCUUCUAGUUGAAAAAUGCAUCAAAAGCUGUAGUAAUUUGCAAAUACAAAGUGUGCUUUAAACCAACCAUAAGAUGCAAACUGCAGGAGGUGAAGGCUCAAUUCAGGGUGCUGUUCAGCUGGGACGAUGGCAUGACAAGAAUGGAGACCAAAAAGACCAAAAAGGCAUGUCCCAGGUAUCACAAGGUCAGAAUCUGCUACCAGUUUCUGUGCUGCUGUGGUUCUGCUGGGGUUGCCCCUUCAUACUCAGGGUCCUGAUAGCAGCUUCCCAUUUGAGUCCCGUAAGAGCAUCUGACUGCAAUGUUAAAGGAGGACUAUCCUUUGAAAAGUUACCUUUUUACAUGAUUUCAGAUACUGCCUGCUCCUCUCUGGGCUGGUGUUUAAGAUAGCUGGAAUGUCUGGUACAGCAAAGAGAACGUGUCCUGAGGCAUGCUCUGCAGGGGACUCUGCCUAGAACAGGAGGUGUGGGAUGUAAACGAACUGAUCUGGCAUAAAAAUAUAUGCCAGAAAAUAUAUAUAAAAAUACAGCUACAGAUUGAAACUGAUUGCUUUGGAUAAGUAUGAUUUUCCUUCUGACUUAAUGAACAUAACAGCCCAAAGUGAAUCCUGUUUAAGAGUGGGUCCCAUGAGUAACAGCCAUCUAGGAUGCCGUGCAGUCCUGACAUAAUGUUUCUGCUCUGGGAGAGGAUGCCAAGGACAGGGAGGAGAAUAGACGGCAGUAUUGCUAUAUUUGGCCACAACUAAAAAGGCAACUUUAUCCUUAUCAAGAUAGUCCUCCUUUAAAUAUGCAGAAUCACCAGUAAUCUCUCUAAUUUUCUUGUGUCCGUCCGUCUUUAAUUUCUCCAGAUACUGCAGGCAAACAGAGCACCAACGUAUCCUAUGGGGAUUUAAAAACCACGUCGAUGCAGUUGAAUUAGCGCCCAUAGCGCAAUCCCGCAGCCUGACAAUGAACUCUGCAAGGCUGUUUAUCAGAGGACCUCAGAAUAUAUCAUUCAAGCCUACAAGUACGGUGCAUUUGAGAAGAUCCCAGAAUUCAUUGCAUUUAGAAAUAGGCUGAACUCUUCCCUUCACUUUGCGCAAGUUCGCACAGAACGGAUGUUGUUAGACCUCUUACUUGAAGCAAAUAUAUCAACCAGUUUAGAAGAAAGUAUAAAGUCUAUGAGUCUCAGUCCAGAGGAGGAUGACAUUCCAUGGAAAGAUUUGCGUGACAACAGAGACCUGACGGUUUUGUUUAACUGGGAUCCAAAAGACAGGGACAUUUCUGAAGAACAUAGGAAACUCUCACUGGAGGAAGAAACCGUGUGGUUGCGAAUCCGGUCUUUAACUUUAAGGCUAGUAAGCGGACUCCCAACUCUUAGUCACACUAUUCAACCAAAGAACUCUGAAAAGACUGCAGAGAACGGCGUCUCAUCCAAGAUCGAUACAAUUCGAUCCCUGCUUCAGCAGCUGGAAGUGGCAGUGGAUUCAGGGAAGAAGUUUCUAGAACAAAAAAUUCAGUAUCCUGUCCUUGGCCCUCCUCCUACCCGAAUGGCUGGCUUCUUCAGUAAUGGCAGCUGUCAGUGCCAGACUAGCUUGUUUUAUCUUGUUAGUGAUAUUUAUGAACUAGAUACCAAUGGCUUAGAAGAUUCAGCAGAAAUCCAAGAGAGGAUAGGGAAUAGUUUCAAGUCUUUAGUAGAACGACUAACAGACUUGUUUAAUAAAUGUAAAGGUGAUUUGAUUGAAGUCAGAGAUGGCACCUUGAAAACACAUCCAAACCUGUUAGAAAACCUAGUCUUCUUUGUUGAGACGAUCUCCAUUGCCCUGUGGGUAUCAAGUUACUGUGACAGUGUUCUCCGACCUUUUAAAUCCAACCUGCAAAAAAAGAAGAAGAAAAAAAAGGAAAGCAGUGUAGCUAUGCCACCUGUAUUUACACAUUUUCUGGAUUAUGUUACUGAACUACAGACAUUAACUUCCAAUGUAAUAGAUCACAUCAAAGGGCUUGAAAUAAUUCUGACUGCACUAAAACUUGAAGAGCUGUCCCUCAAGGACACUCUGCUUUUACAGGAAGAAAAAAAGUUUACAAAGACUGUGCAAGGGAAAGUCCAGAGCAGUUACCAUCAUUCAGUUCAGGAAAUUGGAGAGCUGCUGAAAAAGAGACUUGAUACCAUUAAAAAACUAAAGAUUUGAGAAAUGCAUCCUUGACAGACUCCACAGGGGAGUGACACCAGAGUCCCAGACAGAAGAAACAUCCAAUAUACCAUCACUUUAAUCCAGAACUUCCUCAUAAUGCAUGAAGGACUUAAAAACAUAAACCAAUUUUUUUAGGUAUUACAGAUGUAUUGAGCUGAUUUAAAUUAUUGUACAUAAAUGAGAAGCAGGGACCCUUAUUGGGGUUUGACCACUUUUUAUACAUGUUCAUAAGCAUAUUGCAACAGGAGAAAAUGAACUUUCUUCCCUUUUGAUCUCUAGAAACAACUGGAGAUGGUCUUUAGAAGCAGCAAUAGAAAUCCAGUGUAAAGCAUAUAUCUCAAAGAAGUUGUAUUUUCAUCGCCAUACAGUGUUUAUAAUUUUUGUAUGGUCCUUGCCUUAGAAAUGCAGAAAUUGUAGAUGCCCGCAUUCAGCCGCCACCAAUGAAUUGAGCCUGUUUUGGAGCUGCCUAUUUUGUCCACAAGCCACCUGGUCCUACUGAAUUAAUUCAGUGUGUUGGUCCGACGGAGAGAGGUGAGGCUGCAGUGAAGGAACACCCGUCUGCCUGCAGCCUUCCAGCAGAGCCCAGCCCUCCGGCGCAGGGCGGGAGGGUGAUGAGGCAGGUUUCUCUAAGGAGAGAACUGCUCGAGGGAAGAGGUGGUGUCAGCGUAUAUACAGGUGGUUUUCACGUUCAGAAAAAUUGCAAACCUGAUAAGGAGCAAACUUGGCCAUUAAGCUUUAGAGAGAGAGAUGGGAAUCAGUGUUUCAGCGAAAAAAGGACAAAACCGGAGACCUUGUAUAUAAUAGCUGCAGUGAAGUCUGACACUGCGGUCUGAUUUCAUGUCAGUUUAAUGUAAAACAGCAAUUGUCAUGACUUUUAAGAAGUGUAUUUAGAUUACUGAAACUUUAAGACUUAAAUAUUUUAAUAGAAAUUAAAUCCUAUUGGCUUUGGUUUUAAGUUGGCAGAGGUGACUUUUUGCUUCCGCUGUGGUAUGAGGCUGAGAAUACUUUUUGUAACUGUAUGCUUGCUUUUUGCAGUUGAUCUUUGUUUAUUCAAGUACUAGCUCAUUAGGCUUUCUGUUAGAAAGUGCAAUCGCAUCAUCUACUCCCACUGAA